AUGAGAUGGAUUCGUGAAGCUCUGCACAGUUACCGCAUAGUACAAGGAGCGCCGCCGUUACCCAUGUCUGACGAAAUCAUCUGGCAAGUUAUCAAUCAACACUUCUGUGCGUACAAGAUCAAGACAGACAAGGGCCAGAACUUCUGCAGAAAUGAAUAUAACGUCACAGGCUUUUGCAAUCGGUCCUCCUGCCCGCUAGCCAAUGCCAAAUACGCCACGGUUAAGCAGGUGGAUGGGAAGCUUUACCUGUAUAUGAAGACGGUAGAACGGGCACACACGCCGGCGAAACUGUGGGAGCGCAUCCGGCUGUCCAAAAACUACAGCACGGCCCUCAAGCAGAUAGAUGAGCAUCUGCUGUUCUGGAACAAGUUUCUGAUCCAUAAGUGCAAGCAGCGGCUGACAAAGCUCACCCAGGUCAUGAUCACGGAGCGCCGCAUGGCGCUGCGCGAGGAGGAGAGACACUACGUAGGCGUCGCGCCCAAGGUCAAGAGACGGGACGAGAACCGCGAGCGCAAGGCCCUCGCCGCAGCUAAGAUCGAGAAGGCCAUCGAGAAGGAGCUGCUGGACCGUCUGAAGAGCGGCGCCUAUGGCGACAAGCCGCUGAAUGUCGACGAAAAGAUCUGGAAGCGGGUCAUGGGCCACGUCGAGCAGGAGCAGGAGCAGGACGAGGACUACGACGAGGACGAGGAGAGCGACCUCGGCGAGGUGGAAUAUGUCGAGGACGAUGGCGAGGACGACCUGGUCGAGGUGGAGGACCUCCAGAGGUGGCUCGACGAUUCCGACGCUUCUGACGCUUCUGAGGACAGCGACGACAGCGACAGCGAAGCGAGCGACAGCGAAGCCAGCGACACAGAGGACCGCGACUCUAAGGCAGCCCGCGGUCCUCUAUCUAAGAAGCGCCGCCCUAGAGUUGAGAUCGAGUACGAAGAAGAAUCUCGGCAUGAACGGGACAUUGCACAGUAA